CAGCUGUUUUCGGAGGGUGAAGCGGCUCCGGUCGGGGCGGAGGAGCGGGCUGUGUGCGGCGGAUUGACCGCGGAGGAGCCUCCAACAUGUCCGGGGAAAAGGUCACGAGUCCCUGCAACAAAUUCCAAGCGAAUAUUUUCAAUAAAAGUAAAUGUCAGAACUGUUUCAAGUCCCGGGAACUGCAUCUGCUCAACGACCAGGACAUGGAGCAGGCCAAACCAGUCUAUGGGGGCUGGCUCUGUUUGGCCCCUGAGGGGACGGACUUCGACAACCCCAUGCAGAGGUCAAGGAAAUGGCAGCGGCGUUUCUUCAUCCUGUACGAACACGGCAGCCUGAGCUUCGCACUGGACGAACUGCCGAGUACUUUACCCCAGGGGACGGUGAACAUGAACCUCUGCACCGACAUCGCAGACGCCGAACCGAGGACAGGUCAAAGAAACGCACUCUGCAUCGUAACGCCCGAACAGGAAAUAUUCAUCCGCGGAGACAGUAAAGAGAUCAUCAACGGGUGGAGUGAACAGCUGGUGGUUUAUCUAAAAACGAACAAGCAAAACCAGAAGAAAAAACGCAAAGUGGAGACUGUUUCUGCCCAGGAACCCAGUCCACCCAAGAUGGCCGCUACUGUGCCAUCCUCAGAGAGCACUACAGCGUCCAGUCGAUGGCAGGACAGUCAGCGGGGUGGGGGGGUGAAUACAACCCCCAUGUGGACCGUUGCCGACCCGGACCCCCCCAGCCCAGAGCUCACGGCUGCAGACGAUGUUCCCGUUUACCUCAGUCCGACUCUGAAUCGACGCGGUCUCGUCAACUCCUCGGACUCGGAGGAGAAUGGAAACCCCAGACCCCAGGAGUCUGAUCCAGAUCCAGAAAACAUCCAGACUUCAGCAGACGACAAGAACCAGAGCCAGAACAGAAGCCUCCACUGUCAGCCUGGGGACCGGAUGCUGAGUUUAAAGACCACCGGGGGAGAUGAGGAGGGGGGGGCGGUGGCUUCCAGGACGGGCCGGAGUGAGGCUCGCACCAGCAAACGAGAGAAACUCCAGUCGUGUGGAGACAUGGCCCAGCUGAACGCCCCCCCUCCCCAGAGGAGAGCCAAGUCUCUGGACCGCAGGACAACAGACACUGUGAUGACACCUGAUUUACUGAAUUUCAAGAAGGGAUGGAUGGUCAAAUUAGAUGAAAACAACCAGUGGCGGAAAUACUGGUUUGUGUUGUCGACUGACAGUCUGAGAUACUACAAAGACUCAGUGGCUGAGGAGGCUUCAGAUUUAGAAGGAGAAAUUGACCUCACAAAGUGUUAUAAUGUGUCGGAGUAUCAGGUUCAGAGGAACUACGGCUUUCAGAUCCAUACUCCAAAGGGUGUCUACACAUUGUCCGCCAUGACUGCAGGGAUCCGCAAGAACUGGAUCCAGGCCUUGAUGAAAAACGUGCACCCAUCAAACGCCCCUGAUGUAGCCAGUUUACGUGGCCACCAUGUACUGUGCAGCCCCCCUGAAGCCCUCCCCAAACCAGAUGUAACCCAGGACUCCACUGAUGCCUCCUCGGACCCCCACCCCAGACCCAGAAGUGUGACGGAACGGCGGCGAGAGGGACGUUACCGAACCUUCGACUGGGCCGAGUUCAGGCCUCAGACUAAACCGAAGCAGGACGCAGAUCCUCCGACCGGGACUCCAGCCUCCAGUUUGAUGGAAUUGGGUGACCUGGCGAGGAGGAAGAGGAGGGACGAGAGGAGGAAGAGGUAUGAGAGCAUGCUGGGGUUUCCUCUGGACUGGGAGGCGGCAGGGGAUAAGAUGGCAGAGGGCGGAGUCAGAGCUCUGAGUCCGAAGUCACAGCAGAAGGUGGAGGAGGAGAUUGAGGAGUACUGGAGGCAGGUGGAGAGGACGGUGUUCAGACCGGACCGGACCGUCCCUCUGGGCCCAGAGACUAAAGACGAUGUGGACGCGGAGACAGAGACACUACUGGAAACCUACAAGAAGGCGGUUGAGGACCUGAAGGCUCAGCUGGCAGAGUCGGAGCUUUCCAGACUUGACCUUGAAGCUCAGUUGAACACAAACAGGAAAAAUCAACAAAACGUCUGUCCGUCGCUCGAUGCUAAUUUUAACCCCCUGGAGUCGAAUGAAAAACCUCUGAGCAGCCCCAGUCAGAGUCUGAAGGACAUGUACGAGGAGACCAGGGAGCUCCUCCAGCAGCAGAACGCCAUCCGACACAGCCUUCAGGAGCAGCUCACAUCACCUCAGCACCACAUCCCUACCAUCCGUCUACACGACUCGGACGGGAAUCUAACACAACUGGACGAUUUCCUCUCUGAGACUGUGGUCACACCUUUACUGUCACCGGCGUCAGAGUCAGACAGCCUGCACUUCGAUGGACUCACUCUGGACGUCGACCAGAACAGUCCCAGUCCAGAAGCACUGCUAGACAUCAGCGAAUGUUCUCCUACUUUAUUGAUUUCGGAGCAGGAUGGGACAGGAGAUGGUGUGUCUUUGAGUUGUGUGGACCAGGCGGUGCUGAGGAGGCUUUCCCAGGAGGUGGAGCUGCUCACCAACCAGAACAAGGCCCUCAACCAACACAACCAGGAGAUGCUGAACCAGCUGACGGAGGCCGACCGCGAGAUAGAACGGCUGAAGGCGGAGCUGAGCGGCAGGUACUCAGAGCCACUACACCUGCCCGAAUCGGAGCAGAUGGGGCGGACCAGGGUGGAGGAGCUGGAGAAGGAGCUCAACGUCAGGAACCAGGAGCUGAUGGAGGCCCAGACGCUGAUCACAACCCUGGAGGAGAACGUGAAGGAAACAGAGGCGCUGCUGCAGCUGGGAAACGAAGCGAAGGAAGCGAAGGAGAAAAACGUCGUCGCGGAGAAAACCGAGGGAUACCUGCUGAGAUGUUUCGAAGCCACCGAGGCCAAGCUCAGCGAGUUGGAAAGGAAACUGGAGGAAGCAGAGGUGACGUGCAGGGAGCUCCAGGUGGAGAACGAACAGCUGAAAGAGGCUGAGAAGGUCUACAGUGAAAAAGCAACAGAGGAUGUCAGGAGGUUAAAGCAAGAGUUAGAAGAAAACCAGCUGCAGAACGGAAAGAGUUUGAGUUGUUUAUCUGGUGAAGAAAGAAUCCAGAAGGUGAAAGAGGGGGUGGUGUUGAGGUUUAAGGCGCUGGGGAAAAUACUGGAAGUGGUUGAGAAGUUGGACUUGGAUGCAAUGAGGAGGUCAACGGAAAGUGAUUUGACGGAGCUGAAGGUGGUGGGUCAGCUGAGGCGGGAGGAAAGUUUUUGGAGAUCGCUGCUCGGAGAACUGAAGGCGACCUGGACGAACGAUGAGGAACCACUGGAGGAGCUUCUCAGGGAGGUGACAGAGUUUAUGAUCGUAGAGAAACAGAUGCUGAUUUUAGGCCACGUUCCCAUUUCUGGAGGUUCCGAGAGCGAGACUUCAGGAGAUGAGGAGGUUAUGUUGAGUAAUGCAAGUGAAACAGCGGCAGAAACCAAAAGCAAAGAUGAAACCACGACAUCUGAUUUUAAUUAUCAGCUUCUGGACGUGGAUAAAAGCUUAAUAGAGCAUUUCAGCGCCAUCACACAGAUUAAACUUUCACUUUUAGACAAUAUAAUCUCUGCUCAAAGCCAUCUCCAGCUGACGACUGAAAGGGUUUGUGAGUUUUUAGAGCAUCCCUGGUCUGGUUUUAUUCACUCUGCAGCCACUGAAGCUUUGUACUGUUGUCACAUCAGCAGCCUUCAGGCGGUACAUCAGAGAGAAAUGAACCAACAGAGGCUGAACAUGCCUUUAACCUGCAGCGAAUGUGUUAAUCUGAUGGAAAAAAACAUGGAGAUGCGCGAAAGACUGUCGAAUCUAGAGGAACAAAUCAGCCACAGGAUGGACACAUGGACGCAGACAGAUGAGACUUGUGUAGAAGACACAGAUCCUGAGCCUCAGAUUGAAGACGAAGCUGAAGAAGACGUGGAGUAUAAAGUCGACGUCGACGACAGCAUGGAAGUCUCAAGCGUCGAGGAUCAGCCGGAAAUCCAGGAGAUGUCCGAUGAAAGCAAAGACACCAAUGAUGCAUCGCUCGAUCCGGGCCCGAAUCUGGAGACGGAGCUGGUUUUAGAGCUGAGACAGAGAGUGGAGGAGCUGGAGGAGCAGCUGAGGGUCACGACAGAGCAGAUGACGGAGGAGAUGGACGUGAAAAUGAGCUCUGUUCAGGAGAAGCACGAGGAGGAAAUGGAAAAGCUGAAGGCCACAUGUGAACGUGGCUUUAACUCCAUGGAAGAGUCUCAUGUGAAAAUAUUGGAGGAGCUGCAGCGCCGACACCGACAGGAAAUAGAGCGCCUGCUAGUGGAGAGAGACCGUCUGCUGGAGGAGGAGAGCGCCGCCACGGCAACAGCGAUUGAAGCCAUCAAGAACGCUCACCGCCUGGAGCUGGAGAGGGAGGUGCAGAGGAGGUGUCAGUCAGAGUACAGCACAGCAGAUUCUCACCUGGAAGACCUCCACCGACAACACAGGGAGGAGCUGGCCUCCUACCAGCGGGAGCUCCAGGUGUUGUCGCAGCAGUAUUCCCUGAAGUGUCUGGAGAACGGACACCUGGUCCAGGCUCUGGAUGCAGAGAGGAAGGCCUUAUGUCAGUGUCAGCAGGAAAACCAGGACCUGAGGACCAGGAACCAGGAGUUGAGCGGUCACCUAGCUGCAGAAAUCACUCGACUGUGCUCUUUGGCCAAACAGGACGAGUUGCCGCUGAGUCAGGGGAUGGAUGUGUACGAGAUGGAGAUCACGCUCAGGGUGAAGGAGUCUGAGGUCCAGUGUCUCAAACAGGAGAUCACGUCUCUGAAGGACGAGCUGCAGUCGGCACAAAGAGACAAAAGGAACGCGACAAAGAAAUACAAAGACAUGUUCACUGAGCUAAACAUCGUCAGAGCCAAAACGGAGCGAGACCUGGACGAGCUGAGGGAGAACCUGAGACUGGCCCAUCAGGCCCUGGGCCAGACGUCGCCAUGACAACCGCAUCCGACUUUUACACGAGCACUUCAUGGUCUGUCCUGUCAGUUCUAACAUAUCAGCCUUCCAUUAGUUUCACUGUGAGUUAAUAUUUAAAGAGAGUCCAUCGUGUUCUUUUGGGAUUUUAUGUUUUAUUUCUAUGGAUAAAGAUGUGAAUAUCGUGUCUGUAUCCUUUUUCCAUCCUUUAUGUAAAAGGUAUUAAAAACCACUAACAUUGAAUUAUUAUCAUUACCAAUAUUAUUAAUAGUUUUGUGUUUUAGAUUUUCCUGUGAUACUCCUGUGUUCUAACAAGAUUUUUAUAUUUAAGUGUGUCUGUAAAUAUGUAGUCUGUACAGUUAUCACAUUUUAUAUCAGAUAUAUGUUGUGUUUUCAUUUUCAUUUCUGCUGUUUGGGCCUAAACUGUUUUGUUGUUGUUGUUUGUUUGUUUGUUUUUUUAAUAGUUCAGUAUUUUAAAUGAAACUUUUAUUCAUUUCUGGCUGAAUGUGACGCCUUUGUCAAACACAAAAUGUAAUUUAUAAAGUGCACUGUUUAGAUUUUUUUAUUAUUAUUAAAUGAAACUGAUCAGGUCUGGA